AGUAAAAAACAUGAAUUUGAAAAACUGUUUGUCCAAUUUUCUAUAACCACACCUAGCAAACUUUCUUUUAUUUUUCAUGUCCAAUUCAUUUUUUUAUAAAAACCAACUGGUUGAAUUGGAAACAAUUUGACUGAGACAUGAUUAAAACAUAUUGUUUUCAUUGAAACUCAAUUAUUCACGUUAUCCUUAAAUGUGUAAUCCAGUGUAACUUUACUUGAAACGUUUAUUUCGUUUUGGUUUUUUUCAACCUAAAUCGUUAUGACUUUUCUGGGAAUCUCAUCUUGUUUAAUAUUCCUCUUCAUUUCCGUUGUAAGUGGGGAAAUUUUGAAUCUCGAUGGCCAAUCUUUUGUGAUUAGAAAACUUCAAACCUCAUCAUUCCAUGACACAAUAUCAUUAAAAUUUCGAACCAACUCAGCAAAUGGCAAUCUCAUUUACAGCCAAGGAACUCAGGGGGAUGUUUUCUCUCUGCGAAUGCAAGACAAUAAAAUUGUGUUGUCCCUCAACUUGGGUAACCAAGAACAAGUUAAUACUAUUACUGCCGGUAGCCUUUUAGAUGACUCCGAUUGGCACAGAAUACUUAUUUCUAGAAAUAACCGUGAUCUCAAUUUAACUGUAGAUGACCAUACAGUUGAACAUAAAAUAACAGGUGAUUUUGUGAGAUUGGAUCUCAAUGAUAAGCUAUAUCUUGGUGGGUUACCUGCAAUCUCAAAUUAUGACAAUGUAGUAAAAGAAAAUUUUACUGGAUGUAUUCAGGAUUUAUUAUUAAAUGAAACCAAUAUCAUACAAGAGUUGACAUCAGAAGAUUUUCUUGAUUCUAAUUCAAGACCUGGUAAUACAUGUUGGCUUAAAAAACUUCCGUCCAUUACAUUCCAAUCUGCCUCAGCUUAUAUCAAGGUUGAUGCACCUAUAAGCAAUCGCUUGGAUAUAAGUUUUGAUUUCCGGACUUUCAACGAAGAUGGCGUUCUUCUUUAUCAUAAAUUUUCAUCGGAAGGGUUCCUAGCUACUUCUCUCAACAAGCGAAAGCUUUUGAUAAAUUUGGAAACCAGAGAAACAAAUCGCUCAUCCUUGAUACUUGAACCAUUCCACACUAAAAAUUUGAACGAUGGGUUCUGGCAUAAUUUACAAAUCAGUUUAAAGACCAAUCAACUAUUAGUCAUUGUUGAUGAACAAGAAUCCAUCACUAAAAGACAAAUGUCGAUGACAAGUGGUCAAUAUUAUGCCAUUGGAGCUGGAUGGUUUGCCAAAACUGGUUUCAUCGGUUGUAUUCGUAACUUAAAUGUCAGCGAUGUGCUGAUCUCUCUCGAUGAACUGACUUCAGAUCGAAUCGUUUCAACCUAUCCUGGUGACAUUAUUCAAAAUGGUUGCAAAAUGGUAGAUAGAUGUCAUCAAAAUCCUUGUGAGCAUCGUGGUAUAUGUAGACAAGAUCAUGACUCAUUCACAUGUGAUUGCACAAAUACCGGUUAUACUGGUGCUGUAUGCCAUGUUCCUAAUCAUCCUUUAUCAUGUGAUGCCUAUCGUAUUGCAAAUUCAGUACGACAAAAGCAAAGUAUUAUGAUAGAUGUUGAUGGUAGUGGGCCGCUUGAACCUUUCCAAGUUACAUGCCAAUUCCAUGGAGAUCGAACACAAACUUUCCUUCAUCAUAAAAAUGAAGCGCCAACUGAUGUCACUGGUUAUGAAGAACCAGGUUCUUAUCAUCAAGAUUUGACAUACAACGCUGACUUUGAUCAAAUUACUGUUCUAGUAAACAAAUCAUAUAGUUGUAAGCAGUUCAUAAAAUAUGAAUGUAAAAACGCCCGACUUUUCAACACUCCAUAUCAAUUGCAAAAACACUUCAAACCCUUUACUUGGUGGAUGAGUAGAAAUAAUCAGAAAAUGUCUUACUGGGGAGGAUCCCUUCCAGAAUCAAGAAAAUGUAAAUGUGGGCUUUUUGGCAAUUGCCGUGAUCCUAGUAAAUGGUGUAAUUGUGACUCUAUGGGAAGCUAUGAGUGGGGUGUCGAUGAAGGUGAAUUAACUGAGAAAGAAUUUCUUCCCGUUCGAUCUAUUCGUAUUGGUGACACUAGUACUGGAACUCCUGAAAAGCGAGCUCGAUAUACCAUUGGUCCUCUUAUCUGUGAAGGUGAUAUGAUGUUUGACAAUGUAGUUACUUUCAGACAACAUGAUAGUAUCAUUCCAGUUAAUAUUGAAACAACUGGAUUCUCUUGGGAUAUUUAUCUUCAAUUCAAGACAACGAUUGAAUAUGGUGUACUUUUCCAUGCACGAGGGCCUUACGACUUUAUAAAAUUAACAAUCUUCUCAGCAAAAGCAAUACAAUUUGUUUUUGACUGUGGUUCAGGUAGCCAAAAAAUCGAAAUUGAAACUCCAUACAAACUAAGUGAUGACAAUUGGCAUUCGAUUUUGGUUGAAUGGAAUCAAAAAGAAGCAACUUUACUGGUUGAUGGUAAAAUGUCUCACAAAGUUUCUAAUAGUUUACCUAAAUUUAGAUCAAUGGAGUUAAAGUCUCCAUUGAUUGUUGGCGCGUCCGUUGAUCAAAAGGAAGGAUACUUGGGAUGUUUACGAGCUCUUUCAUUUAAUGGCCAGUUCAUUGAUCUUGUUAGGAUAGCAAAAGAAGGUGAUUCAGGACGAUCUUUAUAUGGAAUAGCUCCUGGUUGCGUUGGAAAAUGCCAAUCAAGUCCUUGUCUUAAUAAUGGUACAUGUUAUGAAAGAUAUUCUAGUUAUUCCUGUGAUUGUCAAUGGACUGCCUUUAAAGGCAGAAUAUGCGCUGAUGAAUUUGGAGUUAAUUUGAAAAGCGACAAUUUCAUAAAAUAUGAUUUCGAAUCGACUCUUUCAACGUUAGAAGAAUUCAUUAGAGUUGGUUUUACAACCACUGAAAACAAAGGCCUUAUUCUUGGUAUUUCAUCAUAUUCCGGUGAAUAUCUUAAUUUAAUGAUGUCAACAAGCGGUCAUUUACGACUUGUAUUUGAUUUCGGAUUUGAAAGACAAGAGCUGAUCAUUAAAAGUGAAAACUUUGCUCUUGGUCAACAUCAUGAUGUGAUAAUUAAAAGGUCUGAUCUUGGGAGACGAAUGACAAUCAUGGUUGAUGGAUAUGAACCAAUUGUGUAUACAUUUAAUAUAGCUGAUAAAGCUGAUGCUCAAUUCAAUCGCCUGAAAAGUAUUUAUGUUGGUCGAAAUGAAACCAUGUCUACAGGAGAAGGAUUUGUUGGUUGUAUCAGUCGAGUCUCAUUUGAUGAUCAUUUUCCAUUAAAACGACUAUUUCAACAAGAUCGUCGUAGUAAUGUGUAUGCCUUUCCUGAUCUUGAUUCCGUCCGUGAAGAUUCAUGUGGAAUUGAAUCGGUUACCCAUCCUCCAGAGGAAAUUGAAACUCGUCCACCACCUUUAGGUUCUCACAGUACUUCUGAAGGAGAUUCACGACCUAUUAUUGCAGCUAUCGGUAUAAUUGUGACUUUAAUAGUUGUAAUAGUUGUAGUGGCCUUAUUGUUCAGCGGUCGAUUUAUGGCUCAUUAUAAAGGAGAUUAUGUAACGCACGAAGACAAAGGAGCCAGAGAUGCACUAGACCCAGAUAUGGCUGUGGUUAAGAGCAAAACUGGACCUGAUAUAACAAAGAAAAAAGAGUAUUUCAUCUAGAAAUAAAUAACCUCGAUCAUUUUUCAUCAUUUUUAUCACCAUCAUUUUUGCACUCACAUUUUUGUUGUAUCAAUUAGAGAUACUUUGUUGAUACUUUUCUGACGCUCGUCUCGAUUUUAAAUAAUUGUUUCAUUUUUAACAAUUUCACUCGUGCUUUUCACGUGACAUAUCUAUUUUUUGCCAAACUAUUAUUCGUAGCAAUCACGACCCGUCCAUUUAUUUCAUGCAUCGACAUCUAAAUGUGGAAACCAAACCAGUCCAUUUAAUAUCAAAAACGCGCAUAUGAACACAUGGAAAUUAAUCCUGACGCAUUUUCACUCAACCACAAUUCAUAGUUUUUUAUUCGAAACAAAUUUGUUAUUUAAUGUCAAAAUAAAGCUUGUCCAAUUCCUAUCGAA